GAUCACUUCCACAGCAUGCAAGAGAAGAACCCUGAGCAGCCACCGUCACUGUCUCAGCUCCUGAGAGAGAGCUACCUGGCAGAGGCCCGAGCCCAGCAGCGCCACAGCGAGAUGAGCCGCUCAGACGCUUCGUCCACACGCCUUCAGAUCUACGGGUCGCUCAAAGGCAAGGCUGAGGACUCUGUGGGCCGUAAUGACCCCCAACUGCCAGACCUUUCCGCCUUCCUCAGCCAGGAAGAGUUGGAUGAGAGUGUGAACCUAGCCUGCCAGGCCAUCGGAAAUGAGCAUCCUGAGGAGAGGGCAGAGGUCAAGGCUCCUGUCAAACCGCUAACUCCCUCCAACAUCUCCUCAGUCUCAGUAUCUUCCUUUACAACCCCUUCUGUUCCCUUCCCAAACCCAUCUCCUGCUCCUCCUGCUGCCCCCUCCACUGUGCCCUUCGCCCAGCCUGCCCCUGUGUUCAAAGAACUGCCAGCGACACACACAAUCACAUCAGAAAGAAAGGUCCUUAAAGCCUCCACACAGCAGGACAACAUGAUCAGGAACAGCAGGGACUCCGGUGAAGGAUUCAACGACUUCAACACGUCAGCGAGGAACGCCCCGUACGGUCCGGAGACCCAGUCCAAGAAGGAGUUUCUCAACAAGGCAGCGGACUUCAUUGAGGAGCUCUCCUCUUUAUUUAAGGCCAACAGCUCCAAGAGGGUACGACAAAGAGGGUCCAAGCCACACAGGAGUAGGGGUCAGAACAAGAGCCAGAACGAUGGGACGCUUGAUCCCCUCGGCUCUGAUAACAGGGAGCGUGCUCUCAUGCCCGUGGAGGUGGAGGAGGAGGAGAGACCCAGUCCUGCUGUUAGCCAACCACCAGAGGUCCAACUGGACCCUGGUCCCGGGCAUGUGGAGCUUCAGGACUGCAGGGUCACUGAGGAGCAGCAGUACCACUGUGUUUCUCAGGAGGUGCAGGAGGAGCAGACAGAAACCUGUGCCUUGACAGAAACACCCUCCUCUGCAGAUCCCAUGUGUGAACCUCCUCAUUUCCUCCAGAAACUGAAAAGCAGGGAGGUGGCAGAGGGAAGCAAGGUUCAGUUAGACUGCAUCGUAAGAGGACUCCCAAUGCCUGAAGUCCGGUGGUUUUGUGAGGGCAAGGAGUUGGAGAACAGCCCCGACAUUCAGAUCCUGACCGACGGAGAGCUGCACUCUCUGAUCAUCGCUGAGGCCUUCGAGGAGGAUACGGGACGUUACUCCUGCUUUGCGUCUAACUUCUACGGCACUGACUCUACGUCGGCAGAGAUCUACGUCGAAGGCGCUUCCUCUUCAGAUUCUGAGGGGGAGCAGCCACUUGAACAUGUAGACCAGCUGAAAACCGAAAAGUCAUCUGCAACUUUACCAUCAUCAUUGGGCCAAACGGUCUCUGUAGAGGAGGAGGAGUUUGAGGCACCUGAACUUGCAGCAGCCCCAGAGGAACCACCAGCGGAGUUCUCCUCACCACCAACUCAUCAACCUCCUCUACUGGUCCAGACAACAACCACAUUGCUUUCUGUCCCCGAGCUCUCUAAAGCGUCUGUGGCCUCCUCAGCACAGCCUGCUCAGGAGGAGACAACCACCGUGUUACCGGUCCAGGUGUUUCCUACUUUGACACAAGUGGUCACAGAAGGUUCAGGAGACCAGGAGGUGUCAGCGUCUGUCCCAGUCACAUCCACAACCCAGCAGCCAGAGACCGUCUCAUCCCUGCCUCUGAUCCCAGUGGCUCCAUCAGUGCAUCCUGUCCAGGAAGCUCCAACUCAGACACAACAACCUGAGAGUCAAACCUCCAACCUCAACUAUCUACAAGGAUUAAACGGGCAAGCUGUGAUGGCUGCCCCUGUAUUCACAAAGAGCCUGCAAGACCUCUUUGUGUCAGAAGGCCAGCUGGUGGUGCUAGAGUGCCGUGUGAAAGGGACACCAUCUCCUCGAGUGGACUGGUACAGAGAGGGCAAAACCAUGGAGGACUCCCCUGCUUUCAGGAUCCUGCAGAAAAAGCCGAGAUCUCCAGCAGAACCAGAGGAAAUAUGCACUUUGGUCAUUGCUGAAGUCUUGCCGGAAGAUUCAGGAGUGUUCACUUGUACAGCAAGCAACCAGUAUGGAACCGUGUCCACUUCUGCAGCGCUGAGGGUCAGAGGCAAUGGUAGGAACAGCAACCACGUGAGGCCUGUCAGCAGUUUAACAGUGGAUCCCAGUCGAAUCCAAGAGCCUUCCCCAUCAGCUCCCAGUGUCAACCCUCAACCAGAGGUGACCAACAGCAUCAAGCCCCACUCCAGCACCAUUCGCCUGGACCCACUCGUCUCCAGCACGUUACGCCUUGAUCCCUUAAGCACCAGCACCUUCCGCCUGGACCCCCAGAGCUCCAGCAUGUUGCGUCCGGACCCGUUUCGCACCAGCCUGCCCAGUCUGGAACCCUCCAGCCUGAGCAGCAGCAUCAGCACCUCCUACCUGAACUCUCACAGCAGCAGCACCCCAAACCUAGAUCCUCUCCACCUCUACCAGAACACUCCCACAUCCAGUGGAGCACAUCUCCAACCACAGAGCGGUGCACAGGUGUUCUCACACCUGAAACCUUUCAGUGCUGCAGCUCCAGCUGAGCAGGAAGUCUCCCCGCCUUGGCUGACAUCGUCUGACACCAGUGCUAAAGUUAAGGGGGCCCUUCAGGGGUCUCCAAACCAUCAGAAUGGGAGCCCUGUUGUGGUCCCCCUCCCCGACCCUCCUCCCAACUCCUGCCUGAAGUCGGGAACCUUGACGAACCAUAGACACUCGCGCUCCGGCUCCAGAGUCGGCCUGCAUGUGCAUUUCCGACUGCCCGAGGAUGAGGAGGAAGAGCAAAGCGAAGCAUCCACUGAGGGUGAUGAAGAUGACGCUCUGGCCUCAGCCAACAAAGGACCCCCCCCGGUGCGGGCUAAACCCAAACUGGAACCCGCCCAGCUCCGGCUCCUGCACAACCAGGUCCUCAUGGAGCAGCAGCAGGAGACCGAACCCCCGAUCCAAACCCCACCCCACCCUCAGCCUCAGUCCCACCCCCCCUUCCAGAGCCAGGUCCAGCCCGAGGUCCCAGGUUCCCACGAGGCUCAGCUGUGGUCACCCAGAAUGCACCGGGAACCCCAUCCACCGUCUUUCCAGCCCCAGCUUACGAGCACAGCCCCCCCUCAGCAGACCCCUCACUCGGCACCCCCACUCACCACCCCCAACGCUCCCUCUCUGAGCUCUGCUCCACAGCUCAACACCACCUUUUCACCUCCUUUCACCACUGCUCCUCCUUUCACCACUGCUCCUCCUUUCAGCUCCCCUCUGUCUUUCCCUCAGCUGAAGACGUCUACCCUGGUCACGUCACCUCCACCUCCUCCACAGCUGAACCCAGCUCCUCCUUUCAGUGCAGCCACUAUGACCCAGAUGAACACCAUCCACGCCUCCCACCUCAACCUGUCCCCGGCAGCUCUCUCCAAACAUGCACCCACGUUCCAGUUCUCCUCCCCCCCCGCCCCAAAGCUCAGCACGGUGCCCACAGGUCCGACUCCGGCCUCACAGCAGAUCAUCUCCCCAACUCCUCUGCUUAGGAGCACCCACGCCUCCCUCAUGAACCUCACCGCCACCUCCUUCACCUUCAACUACACCCGGCCUAGAGAGUUCAUCGCUGCUCAGACCUUCUCACCAGUGAGGAGUCCUUCCCCAACCGAAUCCCCGGUGCCCCUCCUCCAGGAGCUGGCCGCCGAGCUCAACUCCUCCGCAGCCAGCUCCCCAACUCUCCCGCCAUUCUCCCCACUACCUAGGAUCUUCCCCACGAGGGUGUUGAUGUCUCCCACCAGCCCCCCUUCCCUUGUGUGCUCGCCCACACCGGGGUCAGCGCCGUUCCCCAACAGCUUGUACUCCAUACGAGCCCAGUCGCCUCCUCAGGCCUCUUCUCCCACUUCCAGCAGCUCCACCCCCAGCCCGAUCCAAAACCCUGUGGCCUUCCUCAGCUCCGUCCUGCCGUCGCUGAGCCUGGGUCAGCCCAGAAACUCAAUGGGACUGCCCAAGGGAGCUCCGACCGGGCUACAAAGGAAGGUCCCCAAGGUGCAACUGCCGUCAAAUGAAAGCAUUCGUGGGAGCAGAGAAAUUCUCCUCCAAGACAUCGAGAAAAAGCUUCGAUUUAAAGAUGAUACUCCACAGUUUGCACAUCAACAGAAGCUGAGUAAUGAGGGGAAAACAGCGAGCAGACCCCUUGGACCAAACAUUCCUGCUACUGUCUUUAGCUAUGAUGAGGAGUACAAAGUGUCGAGAUUUGAGCAGAGACUAAUGAGCGAGGUUGAAUUCCGCUUGGAGCGAACGCCAGUGGAGGAGUCGGAUGAUGAGGUGAAGCACGACGACGUGCCGACGGGAAAAUGCAUCGCGCCAAUAUUUGACAAGAAACUUAAGAACUUCAAGGCCAUGGAGAACGUGCCUGUCACUUUCUCAUGUAAAGUUCUGGGAAUCCCUCUUCCAAAGGUUUACUGGUUCAAGGAUGGCAAGCAGAUCUUAAGGAAAAACGUCCAUUACAAGAAGAUAAGAGAGGCGGACGGGACCUGCGUCUUACACAUCGAGUCCACGACCAGCGACGAUGACGGCAACUACACCGUCAUGGCGGCUAAUCCACAGGGACGAAUCAGCUGCUCGGGUCAUUUGGUCGUCCAAACGGGACCCCCCCGCAACCAACUGAACCCGAUUCACUCUCAGAGGGUACGAGCUCGCAUACAGCAAGCUGAAGGUGAGCAAACAGAGGAGCGCUUCUUUCGCCCUCACUUCCUCCAGGCUCCGGGGGACAUGCUGGCUCACGAGGGGAGACUGUGCAGAUUAGACUGUAAGGUAGGUCCGGUUUGUAAGACAAUCACUAAAAUAAUGUGUUUUUUGUGCCUCACCUUAUUGUUAGCCAUCUUUGUCUUCCAGGUGAGUGGGCUGCCCAACCCAGAGCUGAUGUGGCUGGUCAACGGGAGGCCGAUCUAUCCGGACCUUUACCACAGGCUGCUGGUGCGGGAGAAUGGCAUCCACUCCCUGCUCAUUGACCCUCUGACCCAGAAUGACGGCGGCACAUACACAUGCAUAGCCAACAACAAAGCAGGGCAGAGCUCCUUUAGUCUAGAACUGAAAGUUGUGGAGAAAGAGACGAAGCACCCUCCUCAGUUUGUGGAGAAGCUGCAGAACAUGGGUAUUCCUCAGGGGACCCCCGUCAGGCUGGAGUGUCGGGUGGUGGGUAUGCCCCACCCUGCCAUCUUCUGGAAGAAAGACAAUGACACCAUUCCUAGAACUAGGGACAGAAUCAGCAUGACCCAGGAUGCCACAGGAUAUGUGUGUCUCCUCAUCCAACCAACAACUAAAGAUGAUGCCGGCUGGUACACAGUGUCGGCCAAAAACGAGGCGGGAAUUGUGUCUUGCACCUGCAGACUUGAUAUCUAUGCACAGUGGCAUCAGAGCAUCCCCGCCCCCAUGAAGAAAGCUCCGCGCACAGGCAGCCGCUACGCCGCUCUGACCGACCAGGGACUCGACAUCAAGUCUGCUUUCCCCACGUCGGACAACAGCCCCUUCCUGUUCUCCAGCUCCCCUCCCGAAACCAUGCUGGAGAGUGAGGAGCUGUGAGAGACACACACACCGGCCCGGGGACUCUGAGGCGUCCCGGCAGGAUGUGUGACCCGCUCGAGGUCGGAAACAGUAGAAGACUUUAAGGGGAUUGAUUGCUUGAGCAGAUUGUCAUGUGAUUUGUGUUUUUGCACAUGAAGUGAAGUACAUUCAGAAUAGAAUGGCAAAGAAUUAUUGCGUUAAACCUAUCAGCACUGAUAGUGGCUUUGUCACCAUUCCUAUUUACUCAAGUCACAUGCAGGAAAAGUACGGAUUUGCAAAGUCUUAGCUCAUGAGCCAUCAGUGGAGUUGAAUAUUGUUCUCUCACGUUUUGUUUUCUACAUCAUAUUUAACUACAGUGCUGCGGUUGUUGCUGAAUGUUGCUCAUAACAUUUGUUCUUAAUAGCUAGUCCUCCUCUCAAUGUGGCGUUACAACCACCUUUUUUUUUUUUUUAUUGCAAAUCACAUGUACAGUGGCUUCUGACAGUAUUCACACCCAUUCACUUGUUGCACUUUGUU